GGGACAUGAGUCAUGACUUCAUAGAUUACGGCGUGCACGUCUGUCCAGUAAGUCUACCUUCCCCAUGACAGUCACAAUGGCUGCGAUGCAGACAAUCAUCCUGUCCUGUCUUCUUUUCACAUGCGGGAAAGUUCUGGGGCUGUCAGGAAACUUUUGGCACAUCACGGAUAUUCACUGGGACCCAUCCUAUAAACACACCGAAAAUCCCGAGCUUGUGUGUGCAUCCAGUGGGAAACGUCCUGCGCCCAGUGCGGGAAAAUUUGGACACUACCUCUGCGAUGCGCCAUGGGACCUUAUUAACUCCACAGUGUAUGCAAUGAAACACAUUCUGCCAGAUCCGGAUUUCAUCCUCUGGACAGGAGACAACACGCCACAUGUCCCAAACGAGGAUCUGGGAGAAGAGAAAGUUCUCUCCAUUAUCAGCAACCUCACCCACAUCAUUAAGCUUGUUUUUCCAAGUACUAAAGUGUACUCAGUGCUGGGGAAUCAUGACUACCAUCCGAAGAGCCAGCUACCCCCAGCCCAGAACAACAUCUAUGAACAGACAGCACAGCUGUGGCAUGGCUGGUUGGAACCAGAGUCUCAAACAACCUUCCGCACAGGUGGAUACUAUACAGAGAACCUGCUGAACCGACCAGGUUACAGGGUUGUAGUCCUCAACACUAACCUAUACCACGACCAGAACAAUGCCACAGAAAAAAUGGACGAUCCAGCCGGCCAGUUCAACUGGGCAGACCAAGUUCUUACAGAAGCUGCCAACAACAAAGAAAAGGUUUACAUCAUUGGCCACGUUCCACCAGGGUUCUUUGAGAAGAAGCGGAAGAAGCCUUGGUUUCGAGCCAACUUCAACAAACGUUACAUAGAGCUGAUCCAGAAGCAUCACUCUCUAAUUAUCGGACAGUUCUUCGGCCAUCAUCACACUGACAGCUUCCGCAUGUUCUACAGCUCGGAAGGUUCCCCCAUCAGUACCAUGUUCCUUACCCCUGGUGUCACUCCCUGGAAGACCACCUUACCUGGGGUUAUAGACGGAGCCAACAACCCUGGGGUCCGCGUCUUUGAAUAUGACACCCAAACUCUUCUAGUCAAAGACAUGGUGACCUACUACCUGAACCUGACCCAUGCCAACGUGGCCCAGGCACGCUGGGAGAAAGAGUACCGCUUCACUGAGAGCUUUCGUGUGCCUGACGCCUCCCCGGCCUCCAUGCACCAGGCCGUAGAGCGCAUGGCCAGCGACCGCUGCUACCUGCAGAAGUACUACGAGUUCAACUCAGUCAACUACGACCUGACAGAAUGCAACAGUGACUGCCGAGUCGACCACGUGUGUGCUGCUAGAGAGGUAGACUUUGAGAGGUACGAGCAUUGUCUGGAGAAAGAGAGGGCAUCAUCGACUGGUGUUACCAUGUUGCCAGUUCUAUCUGUGGUGAUCAGUAUUGUCUGGGCAAGCUGUUAAUGAUCUCAAUGUGCACCAAAGACAGGCAGCCAUUACUACUGGCUGCCUACAAUGAAAGGACUGAACGGCUGCUCCAAUCUAUGGAGUCCUUCUCCCAAAUGUUGCGAUUAAGGACAUUUACCUUGAAUGAUUUAAUCAGAUAGAUGAAUGUAUCCUUUUCUAACAUAAGAUCUUUCAAGAAUGCCUCUUUUUGAAUAUAGCAAUCAGAAUUCACAGAUUGACUGCAUGCGGCAUUUUCCAGUCUGUGCAUCUCAAUGUCAAUCAUGUACCACGCUUGUUAAAGUACGUUAUGCUAUGAAAAUUUGAAAGAAAAUAGUUUAAUAGGAAGAUCCACGACCUUUGAUUUCAAAACUCUUUUUGUGACUUAUUUUAACUCGUGUUAAUUGGUGUAAACUAAAAUUUAUACCACCUGAAAAUCUUUUUGAUACUCUAGAGAGGCCCAUCCUUUGUGGUAGACUGUAGCAAGAAUUUUUUUAUUUUUUUUAUUUUACCGUUAUUUUACCAGGUAAGUUGACUGAGAACACGAAUGAUCAAUGGUUUAAUUUGAAUUUCUUUCUAUAUAGUCCCUAUUUUAAUAAAUCACUUAAUAAUCUUUUGAAGAUCAAGUUGGAUCAUGAAAUUGUCAGCCGGUGAUAGUCAAGCAAAUAACUGUUGUCUCACGGUAACUGACCGUUAAUUAACAUAAAUGGGUUUAUGUCCUGGCUUGCACGCAUAGCAUACAAGACACUGAUGCAGACCUUUGGAACAUCUACACAAGUCUAAUUAAAUGCAUAUAUAUAGCCUACACCAUCACAAUAAAUCCACUAUUUAUUCUAGACCGGUCUAAAGAAACAUGAUAUGAAGAAAAUGUAGUCUAUUUUGUCCUUAUGUUUGGCACUAAUAUGGCUGUAGUUCAUUUAGCAGACAAGAUUUUCUUAGAAUUUCGUGGCAUUAUGUUUUAUUAUUUUCUAGUAUUAAGAAUACAAUUGAACAUAGCUGAAUAAAAUAGAAAUUAUAUUUUCUCCAAACGAUUUCCAAGGAAGUCCGCACAUGCAGCUAUUCUGUCGAGCGGUUAAUAAACAUGUCCUCCUAUAUGCUAAAUUGAGAGUUAUUUAUGCAACUUUAGUUGUUACAAACGUUGGGCUAAAUGUUUAGAUUAAUACAUUCUAAGGCUGCAUGAUGCGACUAAAGAUGAUUUGAAUUUUUUUUACAUGAAAGGCAUGAUUUGUUUCUUGUGCAGUCUGCACACCCUUCUUCAAGCUCUCAUUCACUCACCAUGCCUCAAGUUUCCCGGCGGCAUCCCCCUUGUGUGGCCAUAUGUUAUGAAUUUUAUGAAUAAUGACUAAAUGAUGUAUACAUUUAAUGUAGAACUAUAACUAACAGAAUUCUACCCUGUCACUGUAUGAUUGUAUGAAAUGUAUUAGAAUCAUAAAUCUAAAUCUGAUGUGUGAGGUUUUAGUCAGAACUAGUACAAUUACUUUUUUGUUCCUUUUUAGUAUGUAAGCAGGGUGCAAGUGUGAGACAACGUAUGAGAUAAGAGGAGCUAUCGACAGACAAGCUGUACUACUGUGUUCCUUUCAGGACAUUCUGUCCCCACCCAGGGAGGGGAGAGACCUUGGGCUUGUAGUAGAUUGUAUAACAGGUGACAGGCAAUGUAUGAGAAGGGGAAGACUUGUGAACUAUAUUGUCAUUGUUUCUGAGAGGAGGAGGGACAUUUAUGACAAAAUGUGAGGUAUAUAGACCAAUGUACAGGAAAUGAUAAGCAGAGCUCUCGUAAAUAAACCUGCUGCCUAAGUA